AGGAAGUGGUUCCGCCGUCGCUUUGAGACCACUCACUAGUCUCAUUGUCGGCUAAUUUAUUGAGUAGAUUAAGAGCUUUUUGCUGAGGUGGUCAUGGGUGACAUUCGUCAGUCAUUGCUGCCUCGGGAUGUACUGAGUGCAGCCAAGGAGCUGCUGUACCACCUGGACAUCUACAUCUGUAACCUGGUGCAGUCUGGGAGGCAGCCUCCUCAGGUCGACUCUAAAACCUUGGAGCUGGUCGAGGAGUUCAUUCUGCAUGCACCCAAGGACAGAAACACCCCUGGCAGGAGAAUGAGUGCUCUCCAGGAGCUACAGCUGUUGGAGAUCAUGUGCAGCUGUUUUCAGGAGCAGAGUCGCGACACCGUCCGUCAACUUAUGUUCUCCGCCCUCUUCAGUCUCCAAGGCAACCAGGCAGAUGAGAGCCGCAUGGGACUGUUAGGCAAGUUGGUCUCCAUGGCAAUUGCUGUUGGCCGGAUUCCGAUCUUGGAAUGUGCUGCUACGUGGCUACAGAGAACCCACCGUGUGUACUGCGUACGCCUGGCGCAGGUGCUGGUAGACGACUACUGUAGUAUGGUCCCAGGCUCAGUACCCACCCUUCAGAACAUCCACAGCGCCAGCCCGCGCUUUUGCUGCCAGUUCAUUACUGCCGUCACCACCCUCUAUGACCUCACCACAGAGGAGCUCACCCCUCCACUAGAACUCCUCCAGAUGAUUGUGUCGUGGAUCCAAGAUGACCCUCGUCUGGUCCUAAUCACCUUCCUGAAUACACCCCUCUCUGGCAGCCAGCCAAUCAGCUCACUUGAUGUCACACCAUUAGGAGGGUUGAUGCGUUGGUGCGUCAAAGCACCGCUGGCCUACAGGAGAGACAAGAAGCCGGCGCUGACCAAUGGCAGCGCUGAGAAUGAGCCAGAGACAGGGCCUCUUUUCUCUGCACUUCAUCUAAGUGUUUUACAGGUCUUCAUGCUACUACCAAAUAUACUAAAUGAGAAGGGGCUCUUCGGUCGCCUGGCGCUGCUCCAGAUGGAGUCCUUGGCCACGCUGACCUCUGACCUUUCCAGACUGUUGGACCAGGCCGAUAAACAUACGCACACAUCAUCCACAGACACACACGCAUUGUCUCAGCUGACCCUGGACCGGCUGGCACAGGCCCUGCAGGUGGCCAUGGCCAAUGGAGCCCUGCUCUGCUCGAGAGAGGAUCUGAGAGCCAUCUGUUCCCGCCUCCCCCACAACAAUUUGCUCCAGUUGGUUUUGUCAGGCCCAGUGAUGUAUUACAACAACAUCCACACUCCUCCACUGGCCUUCAGCCCACAUGCAGCUCAUUCCCCCAUCGCCUCACACCCCACACACCCCACACACCCUACACACCCUGCACACACCGCACACACACCUCUCGCCACCCACCCCUCCUCUCACCCUCAGUACCCCGGUCAGGCUUUCAUGACGGGGAUGCCGUUUCCCUUCCGACCCAGCCACUAAAAGAAAUAAUGUGCAUCGUGUUUGGAGAUGGGAAGGUGCGUGUGUGUGUGUGUGUGUGCGUGUGUGUGUGUGUGUGUUGAUAUUGGGUAAUGAGUGUUGUAGUCUGAUUGUUGACAGGCAUGAAUUAAUGUAUGUUUGAGAGAUAUGUAUUAUGUUAUCACAGGUUUGCGUCUGAGAAAGUCUGUGAGGCUAACAUGUUUGUCCAAUAAAUAUUUUUUUACUUCU